AUGACAAACCAACAAAAGCCAGCUACCAGGCUGGGCCAACAAGGCGACUCGGUAGCCUUCCGCAGUUCUUCUCCAGCGAAAGUGUCCCGAAGGAAUACGCCCGUCAUACUAGACGAUGCUGCCUCCGCACAGUCUGCCAGAAAGGAAGAGGAAAACAUGGAGCGGAAACGAGACGCCGUAAGACAGGCCAUAUUUCAGGAAGCCUCGGACGAGGCUUUAAACAUUCCCCUCGGUUACCUGAAGGUUGCAGUAAAAAUCAUUCGAUGGGACGAAAGUAUUGACGAUUUCAAGGGUCACACUGAGGAGAUUGAGCGACUUCAGCGGAUAUUCGUGGAAUGUUUCGGCUACGAGUGCUCCGUACACUCCAUUGAGGAUAACAAACGUCCACAGCUCGACAUUAACAAAGCGAUAUUGGAUCAUGUUCAUGCGCACGACGACCCAAAUAAUUUACUGAUCAUCUACUACACGGGCCACGGCUCCAGAGAUGAGGAAGGGGGAUAUCUAGAGCUGUCGGCAAAAGAAGACCCCUCGCAUAUUAGAGCGUCCCGACGACACAUGGCGAAAGCAAGCUGGCGCAAAGCGGAGUUGCCAGUUCUGAACGAUAUGGAGGGCGACGCACUUGUCAUAUUGGAUUGCUGUAUGGCGAGUGUAGCAGCCCUCAAGUGCCGAAACGUAGGGUCACGGAUCUACCAAUUGCUAGCGGCCUCAGCGGAAGAGUCUUUCACAUCUGGUCCAGGACCAAAAUCUUUCACGACCGCGCUCUGCAACUCUUUGGAAGAAUUGCUGGCCGAGAAGAGAGGGCCUUUUCUGUUAACACAGCUCUGCGAAAAGAUAAACGAGAAACGAAAGAAGCAGCCAUGUCUAACAUGGGAUCGACUACGGAGCUACAAGCGAACCGUGCAACUCGGGCCUCUACACCAGCAUCAGACCCAGGAACGUAAGGCUGCUUUCCAAAAGGAUGCUCCGGAGAGAGCGUCGAUCAAUCUUCGGUUAUCGCUCAAGGUCGAAGAUCUCGAUGAGAACCAGAUCAGAUAUGUUGCACAAGAGAUACCUCGCAUCUGCCGCGAGGUCAAGGUGGACAUUCGACGUAUAUACUGGGAAGGAAUGACAACUAAAAAGCGAACUAUGAGCAGUAUCAUAGAGGCCGAUAGCGAGGACGCUUUCAAAGUGCCAAUAGAUGACCGAGGUGAGGAUGGGAUCGGGCGUCCUCGUCCGAUGAUAUUUGAGGCUGCUGUACACAGUGUCAACAGAGCUUACAGAGUUCGGAAUGCCUUCAGGAGGAUGCAGGACAAUCGUCGACCAACAUGUGAACGUGAGAAUGGAGUAUUCCAGCUCUUUGCCAGAACAUUAAUGACGGGUUCCAUGGCUCUAGCGUUUGCAUUGGUAGGCGCAUUGGUCUUCACCGAAACAAAAGAGAGAUGCAUCUUGUUCGGAGCUGGUGUAGCUAUGGUGGUGGCGUAUCAGAUGCAGCAGCUUGAGCAGUCUCUACAAGGGGAUCGACGACGCCGUGGUCUCCGUUAA